GCAGAUUACGACCAUCGAACAAAGAAUUUGCAAGCAUUCCACGCACACCCUUCAUUUCGAUUGCCCAGGGACGCGGAAGGCGACUCGCGUAAGCCGUGGCGCUGGGAAUUCUUCGCAGUGACGAGUUCUCUCGGCUUAGCUGCUCUCAUGUCUCAUGUCACCAUGUGUGAUGACGGGAUGUGGCAGCUCUAGUCCAUUUCAAAUGCACUGCUGCCACGCCCUGCUAAAAGCCUGCGGUACUUUUUCCAAACAAGACCUCGUGAAGAAUAACAUCCUCCAUCCAUGGUUCUGGAAAACUCUGCGAUAUCCCAAACUUCAAUUUGCCUUUGCUCGCCUCGCCUCUGCAGGCGCUGAGUGGACAAGCCACGAGUUUCCUGGAAGGGAUGGCGGCUGAGCUCCACCGCGGAUUUUCGCAGGGAGCUUCUCCCGUUUCGAUAGUGGGCCUUGACCAUCGCCCGGGGGCUUAUGGUGGGCUCAUUUGCAGCUUAUCUGACAUGGCCAGUUCAUACCUUCAUAUCAUAUCAUAUCGUAUCAUGGCAGGUCGAACCGGCCGCCACCACAAAGUUCCCUGAAUUACGACUGCCACCGGCCGGCAAAGCACGGAACGACCAGACCCGGAAAGGAAGGUUUCCCCAGUUCGGCGUCCUAAGACCUCACUAUCGACUCGUCAGCCACCCGGUCGGACUGAUGGAUCAUGGAAUCCCACUAUUUCUUCCCAGCGGACAGAAAAGGGUUUGCACGUCACAAGACCAUCAACUGAUCCUUGAUCCUUCGAGUCUGCUUGAGUUCGACUAUCAUCGCCCGCUGGUCGGAAUUUGCAAACUUCCUUGCAGAAUCUCAUUUCUCGCCCUACUUGCCACUUGUGUGGCCAGUUCCAGGGAACUGCCUCUCUGGGAUAUCGUGGUCUUCACGUUGGAGUCCGCCAAGGGUUGGUUAAACUCUCAAACCUCACGAGCGAGUCCAUGGGCCUAUCUGCUGCCUCUGGCCUCCUUUCCCCCCCUGCAGCUCGCCCAAUGUGGCGGUCCGAUCACGGCUGGACAGCUCCACCAGAGAAGCCGAUGGCCCGCUCAUGGAAUUUUCGACGGGAGAAGCCCAUCCAGGCGGUGUCCCCUCGCCGGUGCUGUCUAACCUUGAUGGGCUGCGUUGUGCUCCCUCUGCGCGCUUAACGGAUCAUCGCCUCGAGGCAUGAAGCAACAAUACGGGUCCAGGAGAGCUCCCAGGUUUCCACUUUGCAGCGUGAAGAAUUGUCCGUGUGGAUCACUAUUUACGCUCCUC